GGUAGCAUCGUUUUGGUGUUAUUCGUCAUUAGUUUUCACGACCGCAAAAGCAGUGACAGUUUUUAGUUUCUUUAAAGAUCGAAGAAGCAGCGUACGGCAACCGCGACAGAAUGAGGAUUAGCGCGACUUCCGGUCCUAUUUCCUCGCUCUACCUUUCGAUCGGUUUGCUCAUGGUCCUGGCUUCCGUCAGCAAUAAGGCGCAUGCUAUACCGCGAGGAGAAAGGAAUAUUGGCCGCCGGGAUAUCAGUGAAUAUCGUCGUGUAAAAGGUCGCUGUCACAGUUACGGACAUCCCUGUCUCAGCGCUUACGGGAAGAGAUACGAUUCGACCGUGCGACGCGACACGUUGCAAGAAAGUAUUAGUCGCAACUUUCAAGAAUUCGAACUACCGUCACCCAAGGAUGAAUUAUUUUACAUUCUUCCAAACAACGAAUUUCGGGAAUCAUCAGACCGGUCUUUCAUGCGGACUCUCAAAGGCACUCAACGAUUAUACUCGAAUCUUCUGUCAUCUUUAGUUAAUCAGUUGAUAACAUCCCAUCGCCAUUCGCGUCGUUCAGAUCCAAAUAUAACCAACAAAUAAAGGAAGUGUAGUAGGUUACCCGUGUAUAUAUCAAGACUAAGCAAUUUCGUAUAUCUUUACGUUUAAAUAUAUUAGAAAAAAUUAUUUCUAUUAUUUGCAUUCAAUUAUGCUUGAUAUGAUUAUUUAAUUGUCGCUAUUGUUUCAUAUUAAUACUUGUAUUAGUUGUUUCGCAGUUUAGUAAUAACGCGACAAUUACGUUUUCCGUGAACGUUUAAAAUCUAUAUAAUUCAUUGUAGCAAUGCAAAGAAAGUAGAGAAUUAACCUGUUAACUGUAUGCUUUCUUAAAGAAAAACAAUCCCUAUGCGUGUAACUACAAACAUGUUUAAAAACGAAUUAGCGCGUUUUGUUUAUAGAAAAUAUGCAUUUAAUAAAAAUUUAAUAAAUAGUUUAUAAAUUACAUUUAGUUUAUAAUACAAACAAUGGAAUAACGUACAAAUGUAAUUUUCGAAUCUUUUUGUGGUGAAUUAACUUGUUUUGUUCAUUGCACAGGCAUUAGUAGAAAACGAGUUAAGUCGUCUCAUCCCCAGUUAACAGGUUAAAAUUCAUCUCUGUAUUUAAGUUAUAAGAGUGUAGUUCUACAUAUGUAUAUGUAUAUUCUGCUUUUACACAUUAGAUCAGCAUUACCUAGCGAUCAAACACGGAUAACGUGCAGCUUUUCUUGAGAUUUCAUUUAAAUGCUGUACUCUGCGAGAAUAAUAUCGAUAGAUAACCGCGAACUGAAUCGUAUCGGUAACAUUUGCCAUUAUCUAGUGUUAAUAGCAAGCUCGGUUUUCAUUGUUUCCUCUCGAUAAAUCGAUGACACAUUGUAAUCGGAUGAUACUUUAAACUGUAGAACUUUAUCGCAUGUGAAUAUUAUAAACGUCUAUUAUACAGUUGAUAAUAUUAUAACUUAUUUUUGCGAAAUAAAUAUCCA